GAGCCACGCACGCAACACGUAUUCGCAAAUCUUCUCGCAAAUCGAUCGCACGAACUCCACUCGUUACCCAGUAUGAGCAAAGCACGACUGGAAACCAUGGCUACGAUGACCUGUAUGAAGACCUUGCUAAUGCUCUUCAAUUUCAUCUUCUGGGCGUCCGGGGUGUUGAUGUUAUGCAUCGGAAUAUGGAUGCGCAUCCAAUUGCGAGAUUACAUGAAUAUGAGCGUGCAGGGCAGCGGAGCUGCUCUAUUGGCACUUGCAAGUUUAGGUGCGGUUUUAGCGGUCGCAGCGGUCCUCGCCUGUUGUUGCACUGCACGCGGUCAUCCUGCUCUCCUGUAUUUGUACGGUGCGUUUCUAGCUGUCGUGGCUUUACUGGAACUCGGUGCGGGUGCAUCGAUUUAUGCUUAUCGCACGAGCUUGAACGAGGGAUUUGAUCAAGGUUUGAACGAGAGCAUGGCUGCCUAUGGACAGGACCAUUCCAAGAGCAAUCACAUCGAUACCAUGCAAUCAACUUUGCAUUGCUGUGGCAAUCGCGGUUAUGUUGAUUGGCUCAAUUUGGAUCCGCCGAAGGACGUUCCCUUAUCUUGUUGCAAAGUGCUACAGAAUAAAUGCGACACAUCGGAUGUAGAGGAAAUUUAUACCGAGGGAUGUUACAAUCGCUUACUGGAUCUCAUAAAUAGCAACAUCGGUCUGGUGGCCGGUACAGCGAUCGGCGUAGCUUUUUUCCCACUAGUUGGUAUCUUCCUAGCAUGCUGUCUAGCUAGCAAUAUCAAUAAGGCCGAGUACGAGCAAGUUGCUUAGGCAUGGCAUUUACGCAAACUGCAACGACGGUCCUAUCAGAAAACAAAGCCUGUAUCGCUAACGACAACGGCGAACAUAUAUGAUUUAAUGAGAAUACGGAAAUGAUCUCAAUCGAGGCACACUAUAUCAAUUCGAUUUUAGUUCACAAUUUGGUACAAAAAUUAAUUAAAAAUAUAUAAUAUA